AUGGUGUACUCACAAUUGAACCCGAAACGGUCCGCUCUCGACGCCGACGACCAUCUGUUGUAUAGAGGAUUUUGUGACGAUGAGCAACGCGACGUCUACGAGGCGGCAAUGGUCAUCCAACGUGCAUAUCGUGUGUACCGUGCGCGGAGCAUCACUCGCCGACAGGAGGAUUUGGAGAGACGUGCCGCGCUGAAAAUUCAAGGAUGCUAUCGACGAUACAAGCAGUUUUGCUACUUUAAGCAGCUGCACAACGCGGCGAUCGUCGUGCAAAAGCAUUUUCGAAUGAGAAAGCGCGACGACAAAGAAGAAGGCGCCGCCGUCGAAGCCGUCAUCGCGAGUGUCCCAGAGCACCCAACGCUCGACGGACAAACCAUCUGUAUCCAAGUGCCAAAAACCAACUCAACCCUUCUCCGUGAACGAGCCGCCACCACAAUCCAAGUCGCCUAUCGCUAUAGACACCGGAAGAGACAAGCCGCCGCCAGGAAGAUUCAGAACUUUAUGCGACAGAAUCGUAAUAAGUUGCGGAAAAUGCAUGCGCAAAACGAAGACGGUACGUCGCCUGCCCGAAAACUGGCAGAAGUCAACAGCAACAAUCCGACCAACGCAACAAACGAGAUUCUGAUGGUGAACGGAAAAGAGAUGCUCACCUCGAUGCCCCACCCACCGAAUUCAUUCCUCCAGGCGGCCCAUCAACCUCACCAAUCCCUCCAACACAACCAACCACUCCAACCCAAUUUCAUCGACCAACAACACCACGUCAUCAUCAAUGGGACCAACUGA